GAAUUGGUCUCGCUCUGACAAAAUACCUCCUCAAUCGAUCCUGGCGCGUCUUUAUCGCAGACAUCAAUCCUCCUCCUCCAGCCGAACUCUCCGAUUUCCCUUCCUCAUCCCACCACAUUCACGCGACAGACGUUUCAUCCUGGGAUGCGCAAUCCUCAGCCUUCGAAACCUGCUGGUCCACCUUUGGCCGUCUUGAUUUCUGUGCGUUAAAUGCUGGCAUCGACGACCGAGAUGAUAUAUUCUAUUCCACGAGCAAGGAUCUCAACACCCCACCCACCAAACCAAACAUGAAAACCUUUGAAGUCAAUUUGUAUGGUCCAUACUAUGGAGUCAAAUUGGCUGCUUAUUACAUGGCUUUGAACAAGCCAUUGCAUGGUCAAACCAGCGGUAAAGGUGGCAGGAUCGUUAUCACCGCUUCGGACGCUGGACUCUGGGCUUUACCAGCUGUGCCACAAUACACAGCUACCAAACACGCUAUUGUGGGUGUGGUGAGGGCAAUGGCGCCCUCGGCUGCAGACGUUGGUGUCUCGAUUAAUGCUGUUGCGCCAGCGCUUACACCAUCUAAUCUUGCACCUGCUGGUUUACUCGAGAGUUAUCCGAAAGAGGCAUUGACAAAGAUGGAGACAUUGAUGAAAGCAUUUGAUACAUUGGGUAGAUUUGAGGAAGUCGAGACAGAAGGGUGGGGUGGCCAAGAACCUAAUGGACAAAUUGUUGAGGGUAGAGGCGAUGAUAUCCACUUCAAGAAUGAGAUUGAGAAGACGGGCGGGAGGGAGAUCUGGGCAGAUACGUACAAGGAGCGAAACAUAAGAUUUGCAAUGCAGCGUCAGUAG